GACUUGCUCCUGAGGCCAAUAAAUUAGUAAGCAGCUUGAAAACGAUGCCAAUGCUGCAUGACGAGGCAUAUGCCCAGGAAACAAAACUGAACUUCUCCCAUGAAUUUCCAGAUAACACAUUGGUGCUCCCUGUCUCUAAGCAAAACAAAAGAAUUUUUUACACAAUCCUGGAGCUCUCACCACUGCUUGAUUCUUCCAACAUGACGCCAGAGGACUGGGCCAAAAUUGCAAAGAAACUUGAGGAGCACUAUGAAAAGUACGACGGUUUUGUGAUCCUUCACGGCACUGAUACCAUGGCCUAUACAGCUUCAGCCUUAUCCUUCAUGUGUGAGAACCUGGGUAAAACUGUUGUUCUGACAGGAUCUCAGGUGCCCAUAUACGAGUUGCAGAAUGACGGCCGAGCCAACCUUCUGGGGGCACUACUCUUUGCUGGGCAGUUCGUGAUUCCUGAGGUGUGCCUGUAUUUUUAUAAUAAACUGUACAGGGGAAAUAGGGUGACUAAGGUGGAUGCUGGGAGUUUCAAUGCCUUUUCCUCGCCUAACCUGCCUCCACUUGCAAAUGCUGAGGUUGAUAUUACAAUAAACUGGGAAACGGUGUGGAGAGCCAAUACCAAAAAGAAAUUUCAAGUUCACACCAAUAUGAACAGGAAUGUUGGGCUUCUGCGAAUCUUCCCAGGAAUCACCGCUGCUGCUGUAAAAGCAUUUCUUCAGCCUCCAAUUGAGGGCAUUGUACUUGAAACUUAUGGAAGUGGUAAUGCCCCAAACAACAGAGAAGACUUGCUGAAAGAACUGAAGAAAGCGGCUGAACGGAAAGUAGUGAUUCUAAACUGUACCCAGUGCUUACGAGGGUCUGUUAAAACAGUCUAUGCAACAGGGCAGACUCUCGCUGAUGUUGGAGUAAUUCCUGGAGGUGAUAUGACACCAGAGGCAGCCCUAACUAAACUGUCGUACACGCUCAGCAAGAGUAGGCUUAGCUGGGAGGAGAAAAGGCAGAUGCUGAGUGAGAAUCUAAGAGGAGAAAUGACUGUUGUACCCACAGGAGCCAAGAUCUCUCUGAGAGAUAGCAAGUUUAUUCAAGUGAUUGCCAAAUCUCUAAGUAUCAGCAGCAAGGAGGAGUUAGAAGCUGUAAGAGACGCAUUAAUUCCACCUCUGGCUUGCGCUGCAGCUAAACUGGGUGACAUAGACGCACUAAGAGCCAUAGCAGAAAUGGGUGGAAACUUGAGCUGUGGAGACUACGAUGGUCGAACUCCACUUCAUAUUGCAGCCUCUGAAGGGCAUUUACCAUUAGUUGAGUAUCUGUUGACAUCUGGCGCAACUGUUUAUGCUAGAGACAGAUAUGGAUCUACCCCACUGAUGAAUGCAAUCAAGUUCAGGCACAUAGAAGUGAUUAAUUUGUUACGAGAAACGGGAGCGCACCUCGCAAGCCAUGACUUGGAGAACAUUGGAACAUUACUCUGCAGCCUUACAGCUGAAGGCGAUGUGGAUGGGCUGUAUGCCUGGUACCUAGCUGGUGCAGACAUGGAGCAAACUGGUUACGAUGGCAGGAAUCCCCUACAAGUAGCAGAGGCUACAGGGCAUAAGGAAGUUCUUGACUUCUUUAGACAAAAGUAG